CUUGAAACUCCCUUGUCUUUAACUACCCGCCACGCACGUAUUUUUGUCGUUGCCAGAAUCUGCAAAUGGACGAGUCAGCCACGGUUGAUUUCUUUGCCGUGCUGGGUAACGAACUUUACCACAUUUCAGUAUCUGCAAACAGUAGAAUCGCGGAUAUCUUCGAAUACCUCAAGUCCCGAUAUCCCGAAACUCAUCCUGUCCUGAAGAGGAUCUCGCACAAGCGAUGCAAGUUCUACAAAUUCAAAAACCCUGUAAUAAUUUCCGACGAUGACUUGGACGACACCGACGUCGUCCAACAAUGUCUGGAUGAGCAUAAUUGGACAGAAGUGUCACCGAAUAAAUCUUUGAAAGCACUGGGAUCAGAACUAAGAAACGAUCAUGUCUACUUGGUGAUCAAGCCUCCGCAACUUGAAGAUGAUACAGAUCCAGCCAUUGAGAAUGUGCGUAAGCAAGACGAAGAGCUUUUUCGCCACUUGCAGGUCACCAUAUCAAAGCUGCAGUCAUGGACCACGCAAGACGUUGGAUAUAACUUGGACGGUGGUACCUGGCUGAUUACUAGCCAAGAACGACCAGAUUCAAUCGCUGAGAUAGAGGAUCGACUAGAUCGAGCGCGUAUAUAUGCUGUACCAAACACCGACCCGCCGUCUCAUGCGGACCCCCAUCCGAGGCUGUUAUCAGGCUCAAACCCGUCAACCACUCCGAUCGCAUCCAGUAGAUUGAACCCCCUCCCGGAUGCGACGAGGGACCUGGAAAAUGCCUCUAGUUACCAGGCACUUUUUGAUAACAUAUUUGGGCCCACUUUGUUCGCGCCCACUGAGGACAACCCCGUCGAUGUGAAGGAUACCCGAGAAUUCGCAGCCUUCUUCAGCGUCCUCCGGUCUUAUCACCAAGACUCCGCUCUUCUUGAGAACGACUCCUCCUCCUCCCAGAAGGCUAGCAAUUUCACUGUGCAUUUUAUAUCACCACCUUUCUUUUCCCGUCGUAGUGAACAUUUUAAAUACAAGGAGCAGACGCCUUGGGGAUUUCCCAUCUUCCUGAAUACUCGGGAUAAUUGCAACUCCUGGUGCAAGUUCCGCCCGACCAACGAUUGCAUGGUUUCGUCUACUUCGUUUCUGUGCCCUUUCAUGAUCUGUGAAGUGGUUUCACAGAAGAACGAGUCUGAUCGAUGCCGCAUGCUAGUUCAAGGCAUCGCUCUUGCGCGCGUAGGACAACACUUCAUGUCAAGCGGAGAGAAAUUCUUCGUUGUGGCAAUUUAUCUCCGUGCAAAUUUGACUGUUGAAAGAUAUAUCAUUGCCCAGCCUGGUGAGGAUAGAAAGGUAUUCAUUGCCCAGAAAGACUUUGACCUUAGAAAGGCCGAAGAGGCAGUCACAUUCCUUCGUGAGAUGUACAACCUCGCGGAGGAGCUCGACGAUCUAGCAGGCAAACUUGAUCCAAAGAACGAGAAACGCCUUGGCAACAUCAAGGAUGCUGCUCUCAAGGUGAUUUCUCUCACGUCACAGGCUCAGCACAACAAAACACCUAGAACGACACUGGCCUCAGUCCCCGAAGAACAUCGUGAAGCCAGUGGCGCUCAGGAUGAUCUCGGCGUCUUUGAUGCUGAUGACAUUCAAUAUAUUUUGAAAGAGAUGGAUUACAACAUCUCGUUCAUUGUGUUUGGGCAUCCGUUCCUAGCCUUGGUGUCAAAUAUCAAGGAUGAUUCUCAACAAGGAUAUCUGAAAUUCGUGAAAGAGGGGCAAAGGGAGAUCGAGAUCUUGCGAUACCUCAUGGGAAUUGAAUCUCCUUCAAACUACACCAUCUCGCCAGUCCAAAUCUGGCCGGUGCAAGGGGGUAACGUCAUAUCAAUGCCUAUGGCUGGCAGCCACCUUACAAGCCUAUACAACCCUAGCGCGCACCUAUGGCCUGUUGCCAAGCAGCUGUUCGAAGCUGUUGACUUCAUGCAUCAGCAUGGCGUGGCGCACCUGGAUCUGAAGCCUCCAAAUAUCCUCCUUUCCACCGACGGCGGCCGCCUGUCUAUAAUCGACUUCAACAGAUCCGUGCGCGUCAAAGGCACUGAACACAUGUUCCACGGCGUCGUUGGAACCACCGGAUAUCUUGCGCCUGAAGUUGCGGCUGGUCAAGGCCUCUAUAGCGCAAUCCGUGCAGACUUGUGGUCCUGUGGAAAGACAUUGGAGGAGCUGUGUUCCCUUUGUGGGUCAUCCAGGGAUCGCAAUGCGCUACUCGAAAUAGCUCGAGAGCUCAUGAAUGAAGACCCGAAACAGCGACCGAUGAUGUCAGAUGUCUUGAAGAGGCUGGCGUAUUACAAGGUCGAUGCCAAUACAGGACCAGGUUACUUCAGGUAAGGUGUUCCAUUCUUGGCGUGUAUGCCGCACUGUAUGCGAGCAUCCGUUUAAUUGUUCUGGGCAAUUUUUCCUCUGUCGCACCACCGGAAGUACACGCUUGAGCUCGACCCGCUUGUAUACUACGUUUAUCCCCAAUUCUAGGCAAGAGCAGAAGAUAAUUCGACGGACAGCUCGAUGGCCCAAGUAUCCUGCAUACCAGUUAUACCCUUGUGUAGAAAUGGGAAUGUCGAUCAUACCGCAAUAGCAGCCCAAUGUACCUAUACCUUUGCUCUGUCAGAUGUUCUUAUUAAGUCCGCUACGCAACUAUAGGGCCGACCAAGUGCUGACAGGU